AUGAGUGCGAAUUGGUUAGAGUUUCUUGGAUCCAUAGGAAUGUUGAUCACUACUUGUGUAGCUCUGAUCGUUUCGUUGAUUUAUAUAGUAGUUAUAACUCUACCUCAACAUCGAAAUCUUUCUCUGUCAUCACUCCUUGCAAGUAAUACAUUCCUAUCAGCUGCAGUUUACAGUUCAGCUCAUUUCGCCAUCGCAAUUUCGACAUUACGAGGUGAUAUCGCCGUUGUCAAUGCCGUUCGUUAUCCAUUAUACAAUCCAUUUUGUAUGUCAUCAGCAUUUGUAUUCUAUUGUGGUUGUGGACUUAUGUAUUAUUCGUAUGUUAUGGAAGCAGUACAACGAUUCGCACGUAUUGUUCUGUACGAUCAUCGAUGGCUAUAUCGACGUCGCAUUCAAUUACUUUUCAUUGUUUUACAGUGGAUAUUUUGCAUUGUUGGAACUUUCAUACCGUUAGCAACGACUAAUCAACUUCGAUAUGAUCUUCAUAUGAAUAUGUGCAUCAUACCGAUUCGAUCGAGUGGUUGGACGAUGUAUUAUGCCAUUUUUUGCUAUACAAUUCCAUUAGUGUUGCUUGCAACAAUCUAUCAUCGUUUAAUUCGAUAUAUUCUGACUGUUCGAAGUCGCGUCAGUGCUUGUCUCAUUUCCGGAUCAGUCAUCGUCACAGCACAACGUCAGCUAUCUAUGAUUCAACGUGUUAUUAUACUAGUUAGCAUUCUAAUCAUCAGUGGGUUGCCUUAUUGUGUGUUUAUCUUCAUUGGAUUUUGGACUGACCCGCCAGUGUAUCAAUUUCGAAUUAGUUUCCUAUGUGUUGACAUUGCUCUUGUAAGUGUUGUAUGUACGAUGUUCUGGCACAAUAGAGAUAUAGCCCAACUGCGAACGUUCAGAGAUGAGACUUAA